GGAAUUAGUCACUCUUAAUUUAGAUCAAGCGACAAUAUCUUCCCAUUCAUAUACUAAAGAGUAUUUAUCGGAAUUACGUGCUAAAACGCCUGUUAUGCUAUUAUUAUUUCAAGUACAAGAUAAUGUUAUUGCAGAAAAAUUUCCGUCAACUCUAAGACCUG